ACUUUGUUGUUCGCCGCCAUUAAACUUUAGAGAAGAAGAAGAGCAGCACUCAUCAACACUUCUGUCGGUUUGUUCAGAGUUUGGAUUAAAAUUCUUUAUUUUCUUCUGAUAAAUGUUGAGUUCACCGACUCUGAGUGAAGUUAGAAUCCUGAUAGAAACCGAUAGAAACAGUUGAGUGAACCGAUGAGUUUGACUGAAGUCGUUGUUGUUGAUUAGCAGCUAACUGUAGCUACGUUAGCCGCCUAGCUCCGGGUCUCCCGGUGUCUCCGCCGCUCCUCGCGUCUCUGAGCCGCUUCAGUCCGGUGAGGGGAUGGGACGGGGUGAGGGACCGACGCGGGGGCGGCCCCACAUGGGACCGGGCGGAGACAGACCUCCGUUCGACAUGGGUCCGCCGGGAUGGGGCCCUCCUCUGCCCGGAGGCUGGGGUCCUCCGCCGCCAGACGGAUGGCCUCCGCCGCCCGAUGAAUGGGGGCCUCCGCCCCCGGAUGGAUGGGGUCCUCCGCCGCCUGGAGGAUGGGGACCACUGCCCCCUGAAGACUGGGACCUUAGAGGGCCUCCGCCUCCCGGAUGGGUACCGAGGGGACCGCCGGGCUGGGGGCCUCAUCCCGACGACUGGCUGCCUCCUCCGGAGGACUGGGGGCGGCACCCGGACGACUGGAGACCUCCACACCCCGACGACUGGAGACUUCACCCCGAUGACUGGAGACCUCCCCGCGAAGACUGGAGGAGACUUCCUCCCGAGGAGUGGGGCCCCGACAGGCCCCCCCUCCCGGCUGGGGACACCCGGGCUGGGGUCCCGAAGGUCCCCCUGAGCCAUGGGGACCCGAGCCCGGUCCCCCUGGACCUGUCCCCCCUGUCCCUCCUCCGGGCCUGCCCCCUUCUGUGGGGAUCCCUCCUCCGGACCCGGCGGCCUACGGACCAGGUGGCCGUGCCGCCGAUCCCCCCUUCAAGCUGCGUCCCUCCGUUCGGGUUCCCAGCCUUCCCUCCCCCCGGCUGGACAGAAGAGGCUGUUGCAGAGGAGCCGAUGCCGAACCCCCCGCCGGACCAGCCUGAGUGGAUCAAAGCGCUGAUCUCAGCUCCGGCCACUGACUCGACUCCAGGUGAGACUAAAAAACCCUCGGAGGAGUCCGUCACCAAAACUCCUGCUGCUGAACCUGCCGCCCUGAAACCUGCACCCAAACCCAAACCUGAACCCAACAAGACUGCCAAAGCCCUGGGCCUGCUGGGAAAACGCACAUUUGAUAAGCCUCCUCCAGGCCGAUCCACAGGGAUAAUCUCCUUCAUUGGGCCGACGUUCGGCUACAUCGAGAGAGAAGACCUGGAGAAGUUCACCUUCAGCUUCGACGCCUUCUUUGGAAACCCCAAAGCCAUGACGCCCGGGGUCAGAGUUCACUUCACUGCCUGCAAGGAGAAGCAGAACAGUCUGAUAGCGACAGAUGUGAAAGUGGCUCCAGGGGGGACAGAGAACGUGGACACAGAGAUCUAUGAGGCCGUGGUCAGUCAGCCCAUCAUUGAGCCUCAGCCCGGCGAGCGUCAGUACCCCGGUCAGGUUCACGUGACCAUCGGGCCCCUGAGGACCAACCUGGUGUUUGACAGGAAGGACAGCACGGUGACGCUGCUGAAGAACGACCAGGUGCUCAUCAACCUGCUGACCGACAUCGUCACAGAGAAGAGGAGAGCCACCAACAUCAAACCCAAGAUCCCCUCCACGUUCAGCCACACCAAGGAGACCAGGGAGAAGGGCGUCAUCAUCAGCCUGAAAGACGACGAAGGCGUCAUCAAGUCCGAUGAACACGGCGAACUUUCCUUCGACACCAAAGAGAACUUCAGUGACGUGGAGUUCACCGCUGAGGACGUGAACGAGGAGGUGGAGUUCACUGUCAUCACGUUGAAAACAGGGAAGCGGGCGAUCAGGAUCCGCCGGGUGAAGGAGCCACUGCUCCUCACGCUCUGCACCGCCACCGCCGCCGUCGCCGAGGAGCUCAAGGCCGAAAACGGCGACAGCGACACUGACGCAGACUCCACGCCGCUCAGAGGGAAGGCCAACACCAAGCCGGACCUGGGCCCCACCAUGAAGCUGGACACGGAGCUGUACGAGGGCAUCGUCAGCCAGCCCAUCAUCGAGCCCACGCCCGUCAUGCCGGGUUACCCGGGUCAGAUCCAUGCCAACAUCGGCCCCGUCAGGACCAAUGUGACCUUCGACCACCGGGACUGUGGCGUGACGCUGCUGAAGAACGACCACGUGUUGAUCAACCUGCUGGUCGACAUGGUGACCAGGAAGAGGAGGGCGGCCAACAUCAGACCCAAAAUCCCCUUCACCUUCAGCUACACCAAAGAGAAGAGAGAGCUGGGCAUCAUCACUUACCUGGGCGCUGAAGAAGGCAUCGUCAACUCUGAGGAGCACGGAGAGCUUCCCUUCGACAUCUGUGAGAACUUCAGCGACACCGAGUUCAACCCCAGCGACAUCCACAAGGAGGUGGAGUUCACGACCGCACUGGUGAAAUCAAAGAAGAGAGCGAUCAGGCUGAGGAGGACAAAAAGGGUCGAGGACAAAAUCUUGGAGGAGCAGAAGAAACGGGAGGAGGAGGAGAAGAGGAAGAAACAGGAGGACGAGGAGAGGAGGAAACAGGAGGAGGAGGAGAGGAAGAGGAGAGAGGAUGAGGAGCGAGAGAAGGAGACGGAGAGGAAGAAGAAGGAGGAGGUGGCAGCAGCGCUGGCAGCCGCCAAAGACAAGUGGACGCCGCUCGGCUUCAAAAUGAGAGACCCCGACACGCUGGACGACAUCAGCAAGGAGCGAUUCGAAGGCACCGUCCUCAAAGCCAUCUCCAAAAAUCCACGUAAGGAGGUGAAGAAGGACCUGGAGGAGAAUGAGGAGAAAAACAGAAGAGGAGGAGACUCUCACGGCCAACAGAUGCUCCUUGGACAGGUCAAAAUAAAAGUGGAGAAAAUGGAUGAAGAUGGGAAGGAAGAGGCAAAAGGAAAACCUGACGGAGAGGACAGGAAGACGGAGGUGAAAAAGGAGGAGGAUGAGGAGGAGGUGAAGAAGGUUCAGGCGGCUGGAGGCGGAGUCAAAUCAGAUCCAGAGAUGGGUCGGCUGGUGAUGACCAUCGACGGUCAACAGAAACAGCUUGCCUUUGGCCCCAGAGACCUGCUGACCUCAGCCACCAUGUUGGACGGAGACAAGGUGCGUUUCAACAUCGCCACCCAUCGAGAGACCAAAGAGGAGCGAGCGACCUACGUGGAGAUUCUCCCCGACUCCUUUGAAGAGUCGACUGAACAACGUCGACACGGUAUUGUGAUUGAAUUCUCUGAAGACUCUGGACUCAUCAAAUGCACUCAGAACCCUCAGCUCUACUUCCACAUGUCUGAAGUUAUCGAGAAGAAGAAACUGGAGCUGAACGAGAAGGUUGAGUUCAGCGUCAUCCCACAUGAAACAGCAGAGGGAGGAAAUCAGGCCAUCAGGAUAAAACGUUACACCGAAAGCGUUUUCCUCCCUGCUCGGAAACUUGGUGGUGUUGGGGCAACCAAGGGAAAGAUGACCAUCAAGCUGGCAAAAGCUUCAGGAGACACUGAGAAGGAAAAACCAGAGACAGACAAACUGAAGGCGGUAGUGAAAAAUCUUCGAGCUCAGGAUAGCAAGACAAGUGUCAGCAGACGGGAUUACAGCGCUACUCGACGUAGACAUGGCCGCAGCAGGAGCAGAAGUAGGAGCAGAAGUCAUAGUAGGAGUAGGGCUAGGAGUAGGAGUAAGAGUAGAAGUAGGAGCAGGAGUCCACCCAGAGACCAGUUUGGACGCAUCAUCAAAAGGAGACGCAGCAGCAGCAUCGACCGUGACCGUAAAAGCAGCAGGUACAGGCGAAGCCGAGAGAGGUCACAUAGGCGAUCCAGAAGUCGCAGCAAGAGCCACAGCAGGAGUCGAAGCAAGAGCUCCAGCAGGAGCCGCAGCAGGAGCAGGGAAAGGAGCAAGGACAGAGCCAGAAGGAAGAGGAGCAAAAUCAGCAGAGACCGUGAAGAAAGUCACAAGAGGAGGAGGGACCUGAGCCCUCCUCCCAGACGUGGUGGAGUCAUGGAUGACGAGCUGGCAAGGAAGAAGCGGGAGCUGGAGGAGCUGAACGAGAUGAUUGCCUAUAAAAAGUCACUGGUGGACAUCGACCCCAGAGGACUGGACCCUGGACAGAGGACCUGCAUAGACUAUGACCAUGGCAGGAUCGCUAUGCCACUCACAGAGUAUAAACCUGUUCGGUCCAUCCUUAAAAAGCGACCUGACGGAUCUGAGUACCACCAUCGUCCUCCUCAACCCUAUGAUGAUCCUUAUUAUGACCGGCCAUACAGUCCGUACCAAGAUCGGCGGUACAGUGACCACUACGGUGAUCUGUACGCCAGCCGUCCCUACACUGAUCGCCCUUAUGACCGUCCUUACAGUGACCGCCCUUAUGAAAGUCGUCUCUAUGGUGAACCUCCCUAUGUUGGCCCUCCGUCUGCCAGCCAUCGUUACACUGACCGCUAUGAUGUUUACGAUGAACCCUAUGACGAUCGAUACUAUGACCCAGCAUAUGCAGACCGACCUUACAGUGAUGCAUAUCGCCCUAUAAAACGGAGCCAGUCUCCUGAACCCCAUGGUCCCUCACCGUCUUCACAGUCAGCUUCUUCCAGCCAACCUUCCUUGACACAUGCUGUUGCCACUUCAUCUUCCCAACCUUCCUUCAGACCUCCUUCUCCCACAGAACCACCUCCAAGAAGCCCAUCCCCCAAACUGAAGAACACAACACCACGUCAGUCACCUCCAGCUGAGAAACCACCCCUGGACCGUUUUCUUGACAUGCUUAAUAAAAAGGUAGAUGCUGAAAAGAAGUCAGCACCGAUUCAUCUUCAGGAUGACCUACUGCCUCAUGAGAGGGCACUUCAAGAUGGCGGGGGGUUCUCACGGAUUGUGGGAUUGACUCAAGAGCAACCGAGAAGCAGUCAAGCUAUAAAAGAAGAAAAGGUGCAACAAAGCCCUAAACGGUCCUCAGUAGAGAGAACAAGCGAGGAACCAAAGAUCAAAACAGAACCCUACGACAAGAUACAGAGUCUACUCCGUACAAUUGGCCUGAAGUUGAGUACAGGAGAUGUGUCCAAACUGGCAAGCCGAGCCCAGGAGAAAAUCUACAGCCCAAAGUCCUCAUCCACAGAAAGGGAGACUUUGUCAUCCUCAAGAGAAGAACUGCGAACAAGUAGAACCAGUUCAGUUGAAUCUGAUCAUAUCCAUUCUCCCUCCCCUGUCAGGUCCUCCAGUUUGGAGCCACUCAGCAGACAUAAAGCCUGUCUCAGAGUAUGA